UUAUACAAGGUCGCAACAAAAAAUUAACUGGGUUAACUACCGUUCCCCGUUAAAAACGAAAAAAGUAAAAAAUCUAUUGUCCUUAAUCUUUUUAAAGCGAGACAUCAACAACUGGAUCAUCCUACGUCGAGACUUCGACGCUAACUGAUCAACAUAACCCGUUCACUUCGCCACACGCCCCAAAAAGAAUUGAUAUGGGUUGCGCGGCUUGCUGAAAACCCUCGCCCAUUGAUUCGACAUAUCCGCGUAACGAACAUUAUUAUCUGCUACGAGAAUCUCCCUACUUCACGUUUGAAGUGUUCGCGAAUUGGGAAUACCUUCCCCAGUGUGCAGGAUCCAAACUUUUACUCGUCAUAUCUCGUCGUUUCGAAAACUACUGACAGCGAUUUAACUUCGCGAAUUUUUAACAAAAAAACAUAUGGGUGGGAUUCGAUGCAACACGUGUGGCGGUGAUAGUGAUGUUCCUUGUCGGCGGGUUAGACUCACGGGAUCUGUCUUUUAACCCACAGGAGUCUGCUUUCUGAGGGUUUAGUAAGCCAUAAACUCCGUCAUGUCGUUCGGAGGCACUCUCAAUUUCCUGGACUUCUUCGAGAAGGAAGAUCCGUUCCUCAAAGACAGCGGUGGAUUGUUCACCGGCGAUCUGCCUGAAACCACCUUGUUGCCCGAAUUGGAGACGGAGAGCAUAGACUUCUGGACCAAGUACCUGAUCGGAGACACGACCCUGCCGACGCUGAAGGAUGACCUCGUGGCAGACCUGGUGCCCGACCUGUCGUCGAUGUCCCCCGCGUCGCCCUCGCAGGAGCACAGCUACAGCCUGUCUCCCGACGGGAGCGUCACCAGCCUCCUCUCCCCAAGGGGCGGGCCGGGCUCGGACUGUUCCGACCUCUCGUCCACGUUCGAGGGCCCGCAGGAGGAAAUUAUGGAGUUUGACGACCCUUUGUACGUGGACGUUGUCGGAGUCACAGAGACGGAGUCUGGUCCGGAGUCUCCUCUGUCCGUCAUCGAGCAGUGCAGCAAUUCGAAUCCGUCGACGCUGGAUGACAUCGCGGCCGACGUUGUGGUGGCCACUUCCGACUUGAAAGAGGAGGAGGAAGAGGAGCCCGUCGUCGUCGUCGAUGACAUUCUUGUUCUUCCCGAGGAACCCAAGAGUCCCUCGGUGUUUUCAUCCUGCAGCUCCACACACAGCUCGCCUGGCGGAGGCACAAGGACCUCAAAGAAGUCUGAUGAGGUGCUUCAGCUCACCGAGGAAGAAAAACGCCUGAUGCGCAAGGAAGGCAUCAUGAUUCCUACAACAAUGCCCCUUACCAAGGCUGAAGAAAGAGAGUUGAAAAAGAUUCGCCGGAAAAUACGCAACAAGCAAUCUGCCCAGGACAGCCGAAAAAGAAAGAAAGAGUAUGUGGAUGGCUUGGAAAGCAGGGUGAAGUUAUGCACAGCUCAAAAUGCACAAUUGCAGAAGAAGGUGGAGCUUCUCGAGAAACAGAACGGUUCCCUCGUGCUCCAACUGAAGCGGCUUCAGACGUUGGUCGCCAACUCCUCUGGCCGCAACGCACAGACGAGCACUUGCGUCAUGGUUCUGUUGCUGUCAUUUGCUCUCCUGAUCUUCCCCAACAUGCGGACAAACUCUUCAGACAGCAACGCCGAUCUCAUCCUUCAGUCAUCCUCGGAGAAACUGGCUCCGAUAUCCGGUCGCUCCCGCUCGUUACUCUACACGGCAGAGCCCAGCUCCUUCCAGCAGGAGUACUCCGACGCCGUGAAGUCCGGCCAGUACAUCGAGGAAGACAUCGACACCUCCGACGACGAGGGCGACAGCCACAACCGCUGGGCACCCUCGCCCACCAAGUCGACUCCCGCCAGGGGCUGGGGCUUCGGCUUGGGACGCGGCUACAAACGACGCUGGGACACGGCCGAGGACAAGAUCUCGGUCGUCACGGCAACGGUGCCACCGGACAAGAAACAGCGCCACCUGGCCAACUACAGCGCAACGGCACGACCGGUGGUGCUCCAGAUGCAGCGGCAGGCCUAGCGGGGUCAUUGCGAUUCGGCGGGGCGGGAUCGGACGCGAUUUGCGAUCGGCGCCAGUCACGAAGGUUUGCAUCGUAGCGAGUCUCUCGCGAUCGGUUCUUCGAGGUGGCGGUUUUUAAUUCGCGACGCGUUUGACUCGGUCCCGACUCUGAAUUGGGUUCAUUAAAGUCGUUAAAAGCCUAGAAUGGGCGGCUCAAAUGAAUGCCUGAUGGUUUGUUGAGAAUAGGAGAGAAAAACAAAAACUGAGUCAUCUCCGGUUAUAGGAAGACAACAAUUUCUUUUUUAAAUUACAUUUAGAGUUAGAAGGGAGUUUCGUAAGGUAUGCAAUGGGAUAUAUGAUUUAAAUUAUCGCCGUGGGAUAUCAAAAAACGACAUCGAAGGAAGAUUGGCCGCGAGAAGUAAAGCAAACGUUUUGGUCGAGGAGUGCGGUAGCAAGCUGUAUAUCUACACACGUUGAGAUCCCGUCAUGAAUUGGUUAAUACUAUCCACACCUUGCUUUACCCUCCCCGAGUGCUCGAGACCACAAAGUCAAUUUUUGAAACUUCUGGAAUGAAAUGAUUUUUUUUUAUGCUUUUUCGUGAAUGGUAAUUGUGUUCAGAAUAUUUGAUGAGAACUGUGUGAACAUUAUACACAUUUUUUUCCCUAUCGAAGCUCACUGCAUGCCAGCCAGGAUGUUAUACACAAAGCAACUAAGACGUUAUGCGCUAACGUAGCUGCACUGGAUUUUGCACAUCACUGCAGCCAAGUUCUUUCCCUCUUUAAUAAGGAAGGAAGCUGACUUCUUCAUUCCUGACAUCCCUCCAACUUUUCUUGCAUCGUCUGCUUAAUGUACCGUCGUCUGCUCCUCAUUCGUGACGUCUGCUAGAAUCCAAAGAGCCAGUUUUUUUUACCUUCAUAAAAUUUGGGCUUUAGAUUUUCUAUUCAACCUAUCGCUUGCGUGGCACGUCUGCUUUUGAAGAAUCCAUUCUCGACGUAUGUGCAAUGUACCAUUAGUAAGCAACGUAGCAGACGGACCUUUUUGCAAUCUCUGAUGUAAGCAACGACGUGUUUGUCUCCUCUCUAGUUUGCUAGGAAGAGUUGCGUUUCGUGAAAUAAAUGUGCGGGUUCUUGUUGCCAUUGUCGCUUGGAAGUUCCAUUUUGUGCCGUCAUGUUUAUGGUACUUCUGUAUGUUGACUUUAUACCCUUUUUGUUUAAAUGGUUUACUGGUAUGUGUGAAUGCUUCUGUGGCAUAUAUGACUGCACUGAAUUACAGACCAAGGGUUUGGAAUAAACAAAGUUAUUGUAUACCGAA